GAGGAGGAGGAGGAGGAGGAGGAGGAAGACGAUGAAGAUAUGGUGUAAAAAAACAAAACAUCAUCGAACUCGCUGUGUAUUAACUCAAAGGGUCUUCGAUCUCGUCGAGCUUUCGAAAUACAUACCGUUUUACCCUCAACUUCGGCAUUAAUGAGCAGCAGCAUGCUUUACUUCAACCCCUGAAUAUCUAAAAUUAGUAAGAUAUCGAGUUGGAUCACUGACGACGAUAAACCGAACGGGUGAUCUAACGAGAUUCGUUAUAGUGUAGCCGAGGCUUCGAUUAGGAAUUUCUAGGAAUUUAUCUAACGAGAUCGGAGUUUCAUACACUUUAACUUUUGCCAUCUACCUAAUCACCUUUUUUUCAUUCUCUUUUCUAUCUUUCAUAUUCCUUAUUUCUACUAAUUGUCCAAAAGUCAAGUCCAAUCUGCCAUUGAUAUUCCAGAAUCGAGAAAUAUUUAAUAAAGAGAAAUAAUACCCUAAAGCAAAAAAGAAAAAAAAAACCCCCCCAACCCUCAACACCGACAACAACAACCAUGGCAGCACCGAAACCUCCCUCCCCAUCCCAGCCCACCUCAUCCCAACUCGCUGACGUCAAAACCACCAUCCGCGCCCUCCUCCACCAACCCACCUACGACGACGGCUCCGCCGGCCCCGUGCUCGUGCGCCUCGCCUGGCACGCCGCGGGCACCUACUGCGCCACCACCAACACCGGCGGCUCCAACGGCGCGGGAAUGCGCUACGAGGCCGAGGGCGGGGACCCCGCGAACGCCGGCCUCCAACACGCGCGCGCCUUCCUCGAGCCCGUGAAGCAGCAGUUUCCCUGGCUCACGUACGCGGACCUCUGGACGCUCGCGGCCGUCGUCGCGAUCGCCGAGAUGGGGGGGCCGGCGGACAUCGCGUGGAAGGGGGGGCGCACGGAUUUCGCGGACGAGAGCAAAGUUCCGCCGCGGGGGCGCCUGCCCGACGGUGCGCAGGGGGCGGAUCAUCUGCGCGCGGUGUUCUACCGCAUGGGGUUUAGCGACCAGGAGAUCGUCGCGCUCUCGGGCGCGCACAACCUGGGCCGCUGCCACGCGGACAGGUCGGGCUUCGAGGGGAAGUGGGUCAACAACCCGACGCGCUUCUCGAACCAGUACUUCAAGCUGCUGCUCGCGAACGACUGGAAGAAGAAGAAGCUGGAGAGCGGGGUCGAGCAGUUCGUGUAUGUCGAGGAAGACGAAGACGACGACGCCGAGUCCGCAGAAGAGGGAGACAAGCCAGAAGGCCUCAUGAUGCUGCCCACCGACAUGUCGCUCCUCUCCGACGCCUCCUUCCGCCCGUGGGUCGAGCGGUACGCCGCCGACAAAGACCUCUUCUUCGCGCACUUCUCUGCCGUCUUCGCGAAGCUGCUCGAGCUCGGCAUCCGCCGGGACGCUGGCGGGCAGGUGAUCAACGACGAGAACGAGAAAGAGGGGUACAGGAGCGCGCCGAAGAAGAGCGAUGCGCCGACCGCGCCGGGCGAUCAGGGGCCUGGGCAGAUCGGGCACGAGGCGCGGAGGUUGAAGGAGGAGAAUGAGAAGGAGAGUGAGGCGGCGAGGAAGAGGAGGGAAGGGGCGAAGUUGUAGGUGUGAGGGUUUACCCGGGGGAAUUAGGUGUAUAAAGAAGGAGGAUAGUCAUAUUUACAUAGUAGAUAAACAUAGAUACCUAGGUUAGAUAGAUAGAUAGUAAUAGGGGAAGAGCUCGUAGAUGGGAUAGAAGGAUUCGCUUCGUUUCAUGUAUACCUGGGUACCUAGGAAUAAAACCAGCAAAAUACCUAAGUUAGUUAGCUUCCUACUUAAUUUAAGAGUACCAUUUAACUAUACAUCUCAG